AUUGUGCGAGCAUAUAUUAGCGAUGUUCUUAUUAUAAUUAAACGAUUCCUUUAAACCUUCUAUGUCGAAAUUAAUAACACGUUAAUAAUUACUAUUCGUUAACUCUUUUAAUAGUAUAUUGAUUGAUAUACAAUGUGUUGUAGUACAUAAUGGUAGUUUGUAUUUAUUGAUCUUGAUUGAGACAUCACGAAAGACAAUGGAAUUGCUUUUUCUUGUAUUUAUUACGUAUAAAUUACUAUAGUAACAUUUUAUAAUUUUGUAAUAAUAAUAUUAGUGUGGUAAUAUUACAGUGUAUAGGUUAUACAAUAAUUUUCGAAUUCGAAGAAAGUGUGUAUGUAGUAUAUCACAAUGAGUACCGGAACACUUAGUUCAAGAGCAGAAAAGUAUUUUUAUAGUUUAAGUCCUUUGGCUCAACGUAUUGGCGAAGAUAUAACCGUGACAAAAGAAGCUUAUGAGGGUCUUUGGAAUACUUUAAGCAUAUCAGAACGAAACCAGGCCAUUAAUGAAACUAUAAUUCAACCAGAGGUGGCUUUACAAUAUGCAGUUAAGGAAGUUGAACUUACUAAAGAAUUACCCGAUUGGUACCCGAAACUUCGUAUUCAGACUGGCAUGAAAUAUGUUAUCGAUGAAACAGGAUCUACACUAAAAUGGCGAGACGAACAUUCUGCACCAUUUUCAUUUAUGACUCAAUCUCAAAUGAAUUUAAAUUUAGUAGAUUCCAAUGAAGAUUUUACAUCCAAAUGUCUGAGAUCUCAUUUUGGAGAAUCUCCACAUUUUUCAAGUCCAAUUAAAACUCAGAGAAAUAAUUCUAAUUCCAUUACCGAUAAUUAUAAUUCUAAUCAAACCAAUCGUUAUCAAUCGGAGUGUUAUUCCAAAAGUUUAUUUGAAGAUGAACCGUGUGGAAAUUUACGUAAUAGUGACAUAGAUACUGAACAUUCUGAGAGUAUAUUUGCAAAAUUAAUUAAUAAAACUUCCUUAUUAAAAUUGCAAAAUAAUUUGGAGGACGAUAUGGAAAGUUUGGUACAUGAUAGAGAUUCGGAUAAAAGUCAAUCUAAUACACUUGUAGCUAUUUCACGAACAAAGUCAAGUGACAUUAAUGAAUCAACAGCUCUCUUAGAGACACCUAGCUCCUAUAGUAGUUUUCAAUCUUCUCAGUUAAAUCACGAAGAAGAAGAAAGAUGUAUACCAAAGACUGGAUUUGAAUUUUUAGAUAAUUGGUAAAUAUACUUUGAUCAUUUUUAUCCUUCUAACAAGUUCAAAUUCAAAGUAUUCCUAUAAUUAUUUAACGUAAGACUGCUUCAUAUAUAUUUCAGUAUAUAUGUAAUUUAGUAUUAAUGAUGAAUACUCCGUAACUUUUUUCUCCAUAGACCAUAUAUUAUAAAUCAUAAAAAUAAUCGUACUAUAGACUGUAAUUGAUAAAUUAUAUUAUUAUCAUCUAUACAUAUCGCUUAUCGUUAGUAUUGUGUGUAUUCAAUGCAUAUAGAUAUAUACAUAUAUACAAUGCAAUGAUAUUUCAUUGCUGAGUGUUAUAAAAUAUGAUAUAAGAUUAUCUUCAUUAAUUUAAUAAUAUAUCUUCAGCUUUCAUUUUAUUUGCUCAUGGAUCUCAAUAUGUUCAUUCUAUGAAUAUUUUUGAAUGUGCUAUUAUAUA